CCGACCGGCGCUAUGCAUUGUGGGAAAUAACAUAGGUAAUAUCUAUGGUAAGAUGGAUGCGCCCACUAAGAGCAUGUCGAAGGCUCAGUAACGUUUUCAGCGUCAUAUGCCAGCAUAUGGCUACAAUUUAUGUGUUGUUGUAACAAAUACGAAAGAUAGAAGUGGCACAAGACCGCAGCUGGACGUCAAACCGGGAAAAUGUCAGUCCUAGGAGCUUUACUGAAAGCUGGAUCGUCCUUCUGUCAGUCUGCUGGGACUCUGCUAAACACAGCUAGGACCAUUUCUACCGGUACAUGCUGUCAGAUAAGGAUGCAUGCCAUCCCUCAGCUGAAGAAGGUGGACAGGUGGACUGAGAAGAGGAGCAUGUUUGGAGUUUAUGAUAACAUAGGAAUCUUAGGGGACUUUAAAGCUCAUCCCAAAGACCUCAUUGUGGCUCCCUGCUGGCUGAAGGCUUUCAAAGGCAACGAACUGCUCCGUCUAACUAGAAAGAAGAAGAUGGUGGGAGACAGAAUGAUGACUCUGGACAAACACAACUUGGAGAAGAGGAUACGCUUCCUCUACAGACGCUUCAACCGCACUGGCAAACGCCGUUAACAUUGAACAAACCAUACUGGCAAAUACAUCUGACCAGCCAAUAAGGACUGUUGUAGUCUAGCUGUGUGAUUUCAUCCUGUCAAUGUGCUGUAAGGAUUCUUUUUUUUUUUUUUUAAGUUAUCAAAUUCAUAUAAAAGUAAGAUUUGUGUGUUUCAGAGCAGCAUACUUCCUGUCCUUUGGUUUGUUGAUUUGUUUUUGGACCUUUUAAACAACCGAUUUCCCUGACAAACACAUUCAUAAUAAUACUGAUAAUAAAAGAUAAAUCUGAGUGGUCAUAAGGUGAUUUUAAAAAUGAGAAAGAUGGGAGAAAGAAGAAAAAUACAUGCAUCUGCUAGAAAUCGAUCUUAUUAUUUUUGAUGCAUUUCUAAACUUACUUUUUAUUGUGAAAGACUGAAUAGUUAAAGUUCUUCUGGCCUCCAAAAAGUUGUCCAACACAGACCUGUACAACCUGUGAAAAAAAUGAUGUUGGUGCUCCCCAAACCACAGACAAAUUUAUGCCAGUACACAAAAAAAGAAGGGAAGUUUGACAACCAUCACAAGUUUUUUGUAAAUUCAUGUUAUAAGGACAUACAGUGAACAGAAUAGAAAAUAUUGCAUUUCCUUCAUGUAUAUAUUAAAGUUGUUUGGAUAAUUUCCCCCAAAUUUUCUUCUUUCAUUCUCCUUUCAGAAACACAAUCAUUAAUUUUAAAAACGACCGUGUAUGCAGUAGUUUCCUUGACAUCUUCAGAUUGUAGGAUAUGUAGUGAAUUUUUAAUAUUGAAGUUUACAGUAUUUGAAACAUUUCAGAAAUGUCAAAUCUAAAGAGUACUCGUACAUUGUCCCUUCCUCAUAUAUUAAAUCUGGGUCAUACAACAGCCUGUGGCUCAGGUCUUUCUUGACUAAUUACAGUGAAUUUGUGAUUCGUCCACCUUCAAGUUAGUGAUGAAACAAUAACUCAACAGAAAAUUUAAAAAGAAAAAAAUACGUAUAUAGUAGAUUAUUAGUUUGUCAUAAAUUGGGGAAAAAUACCCUGAAAUAUUUGGUUCCAGCUUCUCAAAAAUCCGAUUUGCUGCUUAUCCCGAAUAUCUUUGGGGUUUGGACUCGUAUAACAAGACAAGCAAUUUGAACACAUCAUCUUGGGCUCUGACAUGUUAAUUGUUUCAAUAUUCUGACAUUGC